ACAUCUUAUUUAGUUUCUGUUAAUAGUGUCGAUUGGAAUAAAAUGUAUAGUUACAGUAUUGUUUUUGUUCUACUUAUGUGGGAAGUGGGUUGUGUGAGGCAGGAUGUCCGUUGCCCUGAUGUUCGACCUACAGAAUUAGAUCUAGUUGAGCUCGACGGUGAAUGGUAUCUCGCGGCCGUCGCAACUGACAUGAAUAUUACUGGGGAAUGUGCGUUCAUGGUGUUCAAUCACAAGAACAUGAAUACCACAGACGUCUCCAUAAGCUGGAUCACGAACAACACAGCCAGUUAUUACAAUGGAUCAGUAGCGCUCACCGUUGGUAGAAACGGCGGAGAUCUGCUCCUAGUCACAUAUAUUGAUAAGAAAACUGAAACCUAUUCUGUAUUGGCCGUGGACUACGAGCACUACGCCGUGAUAUUUGCCUGUUAUGACGAUCCCAGUGGGAACGGUAGCACUUACGAAUUAUGGAAGUUGACUCGUGCACCACAUCUCAAACGAACUGAUGCUGUACAGCUUGACAGGGCGGUUGCAAACUACAGCCUUCAAAACACAUCGUUUAUGUUUUUCAAUAAUUCUGAACGUUCUUGUAAAUUAAAUGGAGGUUACCUGAACCAGGCGUCAUUGGUGCUGACAUCGGCGACUGCCUUGGCUUUGUUUAGAAGAUUAUAUUAGAAUUAAUACAUGAAGGGAGGACACUGAGUGUAAUGUUUUAAUGCUGCACAAGAAAUACGUUGUAUUAGAAGUUGAAAAAAUAUAUAGAAUUUUGACACAAGUUAGGAAAUAAGUAAAUAUUUUUCAGGUGUCAAAACAUGUGUAGUGAUUGUAAGUUUUUUCUUAAAGCGCCAUCAAACAAAACUAUGCUCCACUUGUUAGUCGAUCUGUAUGCCAGAUGAUUAUUUAUGAAAUUAGUUGAACCAGUGUCUCACAGAUGGCAGUAUUAAUAAAAUGAUUUUGAAGAUUACAUAAAGAUAAUAAAUUAUAAUUAACUUAAAUAUAAGAAUCAUUUAUAUCAUGUAGGACAACAAAUGUUUUACUAUAAUUGAAUACGCGACAUAUUGUAAAGGUUUACGAAAUUUUGCGCAAACAGUUGACUGGAUUACAAAGAGUUUUAACUUUAAGGACUUUGAAUCUACAACAAAGCUGUAUAUAACUUUUUGUUAGUAUGCUUUAAUGUUCUAAUCCCAGGUACGUUAGAAAUUUAAUCAAAUCAAAAUAACUUCUUAAUGUAUAAGCGAACCUCAAUAUUUCAAUCCUAUCCCAGCUUACUUAUUAUGAUUACCCCGCGUUUCCCAUAGUUCACUGCAAACUUCUACGGUUAGUCGCUCGUUGAUUUUUAUAGGGGUUUUUACACUAGCGAAGAUUAUUUAUAAUGUACGAUUAAUAAAACAAACCGAAAUAAAUAAAUUGUAUAAUAAUUAAGAA